ACAUUCCUACAAUUCAUUGUCUCCAUUGUUUUUGUGCUUGCUUUGCUUGUUGCCUUGCCUCUCUACAAUUUCUCUCUAAAGAAAACCCUUUUCAAAGAGGGAUUUGUAGAGCCUUUCUUCUUUCUUUCUAUAUCUGUUGAUCAAGAAAAUGGAGGCAAUGAAAAUGAAGAUCUUUGUUGUGUUGAUGGUGGUCUUGAUGGCCUUCUCAACCAUGCAAAAGGCUGCAGCUGCCGAUGCACCAGCACCAAGCCCAACAUCUGAUGCCACUAUCUUUGUUCCCACGUUCUUGGCAUCUCUUGUUGCUCUUGCUUUCGGGUUGCUCUUUUGAGCCAACUUAUUAGGUGUUAUAGCAUGGUUUCUCUCAUUUCUUUCCCUUCCCAUUUUUCUUUCUUUCUCCCCUUAGGAUCACUUUUCCAUAGUCUUUUGUAAUGUUGGAUCUUUCAUGCUUACAAUAUGGGAGUGACACAAGAAAGAAGGAGAGGAAAUGGGUUGGGAUUUCUCCCUUUCUUUUUUGUAUUUAUUUUAUGUAUUGAUGUACUUGGGGUGUGAUCGAUAUCUUUUGAUGGCACUUGUGUUGUAUUUUCUUGUAUAAUUCCUUUUCAUUUAUUCAUGUAUCUUACUCUGGCUUGAGCUUCUCUCA